CGAACCGUCGCAGGUUGCAUGACCGAGUUCUGGAUUUCGACGCCAUCGCCGCCGGCGAGAUUUGCACUGGAACGAUGAUCGUGACGUGCUCAACACUUUUUGAUUUCGCCGCGACGUCAUGCAGUCUGCAAUGCUAGCGUGGCACGUGCUGAUAUUGACCACGACCACCGUCGUUCUCUGUGGCACGAUGGCGCUUUUCAUUCAGAGUCGAAAGGCACGGGCGCAUCCAGGUCCCGUUCUGGUCUGCCUCAUUCUGUCCAGUUCCUUCAGCAUGAUCUUUCGCGCGUGCACGCACAUCAUGUCCCCCACCGCGCCGUCAUUCACAUCCAUCGACUUCAACCACGAGGUCGAGACCAACACGACUCUCAUCUUAUACUGGUUCACGCUGUAUUUUGCAUCGUCGACGACGUUCUGGUACCUCAUGUUGGCCAUGGAUCUUAUUUCGUCGCUGUCGAAUCCAUUUCUACCAUUCCAAUCCAACAGCCUCAUUCACCACAUGCUCGCAUGGCCGCUGGCCGGCGUCUGGUGCGUCUUGUACGACAUUGCCGUGUACCAGCAGCCAAAAAGUGUGCCCGAAGUGCACUUGCGCAUGGUCGUUCUCCUGCCUCUAUACGGCUCGCUCAUCUACAUUUUGUUUGCACUCCAUGCGGCUGAAGCCAGGUCGAGGCAACUCACUACUACGACCCACGCCACCACCCUUCGAAUGGCCAAGCUCAUCGUGCCAUAUCUGGUGGUCUUUGGCGCAUCGGGCAUGGCGCACAUGGGGAUUUUUGUUGCCGACUUGUACAACGGCAAGCCGACCGGGUAUUCGUCGUACAUAGAUCAGUUGGUCGGAAUCGUGAGCACGAUGGUUCUGUUUGUUCGGUUCUACUUUGAUUCGGGCGUGUGUCGGCGCCGAGCUGUGAACGCCCCUCCAAACCAGAGCGAAGGAGAUCUCUCGACGGUCGUCUCUCCUCAAGACGACAACUUCAGCGACUAUCUGCGUACAACAGCGUCCCCCAGCGAAGCGCCACCGCUGCCCCGCGUUCAGUCGACCACGAAUUUCAAUGUCGACAUUGCAGCAGAGCUUCGGAAAAUGGUGAUGGACCUCACGCGCAUGGGGAUCGUGUCCGCGGCCGCGAGCGAGGUUAGCGACGAUGAACCGUCCGUUGUCUCCGACCGUGCGCCCACCGCACCCGACUUUACCGCAGUUGAGCGAAAGCGGAUUACUUUCUGGGGAGGGACUGCGGCCACCGUCGCGGAUGCUUUGGUGUUUGAGGACGUCGCCCCGACCGUGUUUCAUUCCUUGCGCGAGCUGGCCGGCAUUGGGCAGGCGUCGUACUUGCACUCGUUUGACUCGGACGAAAACCUGCGCGAAGUGUGCUCGGAGGGCAAGAGCGGCAACAUUUUCUACUUUACAGCAAACAGACAAUUUAUGGUCAAGAGCGUCCCAAAGGAAGAGUUUGAUACGCUGCGGUCGAUUCUGUCAGAAUACUACACGUACCUCGUUCAGAAUCCAUCGUCGCACCUGUGCCGGUACUUUGGAUGCCAUUCGAUCACGCUGCCCGUGGGCACUCGCCGCAUGUACUUUGUCGUGAUGCAGAACCUCUUCAUCGAAGGGCCACCGCACCAACGGUACGACCUGAAAGGCAACACAGACCGACGGCAAGCCAUCCCGAGCUGGGACGUUGAAGCCAAGAUGCGCGCCGCCGUCAUGCGACAAAAGAUCGCCAAGCUCAUGAUGGACAUUGACUUUUCCCGCAUCCAUCAGUGCAUUUCGGUGUCGGACGCGGAUUCGACGGCCGUCAAGACGCAGCUCAAGCGCGACAUUCAGUUCCUGGCGGGCCUGCACAUCAUGGACUACAGUAUACUUGUCGGCGUCCGGUAUGUGGACCAGCCGUGCGUCCUCCGCAAUGGCGCGGCCGUGCCUUCCAAGGACGGCAUGACGAUGUACGAUAUUGGAAUCAUUGACAUGCUCCAGCGGUACAAUUGGCGGUGGACUGUCCAGCGGUGGUUCCUUGGGACUUUUCUAUGCAAAGACAUGACCGAAGUGAGCGCAGUGCCACCCACCCAGUACGGCGACCGCUUGAUUCGGUUCAUCUGGCACAGUAUGUUCAACCAAGCACGGCGCGAGAGCAGGUCGUCGUUGUUCACGAACAGCACUCAACCCAGCGGCCUGACAUUCGCCGAGGGGGCAGAUGGGAGGCUGAGCCGUCGGCCCAGUGGAUAUCUGCAGUUCAAAACAGAGGGCGAGUCAGGGGCAACCCCAGACUUGUGGUUUGCCUCGAACCUCUCGGACGAUAUCAUCGACAUCCACGAUUGUGUUCUCUUGCAGGAAACGUCUUGAAAUAUAUAAAUCUAGAUCCGUCC